AUGGAAUUCGACGAUGAUAUACAUUUUAAUAAUCAUAUCAAUGAUGAUAUCAAUGAUAAUCAUUCGCUAGAUGAUAUUAUUAAAGCAUCAAAUAUUGAUGAUGAUUCUCCUUUGUUACCCGAUCAAUCAACAUUGAUGAUUUUCAAUCGACGACCUAUACGAUCGUCAACUAGUCGUCGAAUAGCUAGUGAUCAUGAACAAAAUGCAUCAUCGAAUAUAAAUGAACCUGAUCCGAAUGUCUUUCUAAUUUCAUCUGAUACAAAUUCUCAUAAUACAAUACGAAAAACCAAGCACGAUGUAAAACGUUUUGUUAUGUAUAUAGAUGAACAAUUCGGUGAACAAAUACCUUUACAUACUGUAUCAGCUGAAUCGUUAUGUCGAUAUUUAAAACAUUAUUUUGAAAAUACAAAAAAAUUCGACGGUACACAAUAUGAACCUGAUACAUUGAGAAGUUUUUUAUUGAGCAUUGAACGUUAUUUAAAAAGUAAAAAUUAUCAAUAUAAUCUUAUGGAAUCUCCAUUGUUUCAAUCAUGCCGACAAGUUAUUGUAAAUAAACGUGAAGAAUGGAAAAAGCUAGGCUUAACAAAUCAUUUAAAACAAUCAUCAUUAAGUUUAUUAAAUACGAAGCAUUUAACGGUAUUCGAUCGGACAAAACCCGACGGUCUAUUACUUGAAAUGUAUGUUCAUAUAACAAAAUUAUGUCAGUUAUCAAUAGCACAAUUAGUUUGGGGUGAUAUUUCUUUAGUCGAUGAACAAUAUCUUAUUUGUCAUCAACAUAAAAUUGAAAAUCAAACAGUUAGACUUUAUGCAACGCCACAUAAUAUUUCAGCAUGUCCAGUACAAGCUUAUCGACUUUACGCAACACAUCGGCCACCACAAAGCAAUACACCACAAUCGCCUUUCUUUCUUAUGCCGCGUUCAACAAGUAUGCAUCCGAUUUGGUAUAAAACAACAGCAGCUGGUAAAAAUCUUGAACAAAUACUUCAAAAAGCUAUACAACACGCUACUCUUCUAAAGCAAUCGUCGUCAUCAGCCGUAAAUGAAUCAUUAUUAACAACAUCAGCGCUUAACGGAAAACGAAAUGAAUCGCCUUCUAGUUUAAUGCCAGUUGCAAAACGAGUACACUCACUAAUUCAACCACUCAAUCUAUCCGUUACAACAACAGCAACAACGCCAACAGAAGAUGAUAGUGGUACAGCAUUAUCAUCCCCGACGAAUUCACUAUCAAAUGAUGUUUCAUCUUCAUCACCAACCAACGGUUUUUCUAUUAAACCAAUGAUAACUCCAGUUUGGGAUGAAAGUGUUACUGAUAUACUAUUAACUGUUGCCAAACAACGUGAUACACGUACAGUAAAAAUCAAUACAAUUCGAACAUAUUUAGAAGAAAAAUUAGGUUUUGUUGAAUUUUUAUGUCUUUAUCGUGGUUUUAAAUCGGAACCAAAAUUAACAUUUCAAGGGACACCAUGGGAACAUUAUCAACGUUUUUUACCUGUUCUUUUCACGUUGCUUACACUUGACAAUACAACUGUUUAA